ACGGCAUAAAUAUAGAUGUAGUUGUCAUGGGAACCGAUUGCGAGGAAAUUUCCAUCUAUUCAGAGAAAGGUGAAAAGAGAAGAUUAGUCAGCAAAAAUGAAGAGCGAUCCGAGAGAAAGAAGAACGAGAGAAUCGCUCAGCAGAUCCGAGAGAAAGAAGAAGAACGAGAGAAUCGCUCAGCAGAUCCGAGAGAAAGAAGAAGAACGAGAAAAUCGCUCAGCAGAUCCGAGAGAAAGAAGAAGAACGAGAGAAUCGCUCAGCAGAUCCGAAAGAAGAACGAGAGAAUCGGUCAGCAGAUUCGAAAGAACAACGAGAGAAUCGCUCAGCAGAUCCGAGAGAAAGAAGAACGAGAGAAUCGCUCAGCAGAUCCGAGAGAAAGAAGAACGAGAGAAUCACUCAGCAGAUCCGAGAGAAAGAACAACGAGAGAAUCGUUCAGCAGAUCCGGGAGAAAGAAGAAGAAGAACGAGAGAAUCGCUCAGCAGAUCCGAAAGAAGAACGAGAGAAUCGUUCAGCAGAUCCGGGAGAAAGAAGAACGAGAGAAUCGCUCAGAAGAAGAAGAAGAAGAAGAAGAAGAAGAAGAAGAAGAGAAUCGCUCAGCAAACCCAAAAGAAAGAAGAACGAGAGAAUCGCUCAGCAGAUCCGAGAGAAAGAAGAACGAGAGAAUCGCUCAGCAGAUCCGAGAGAAAGAAGAACGAGAGAAUCGCUCAGCAGAUCCGAGAGAAAGAAGAAGAACGAGAGAAUCGCUCAGCAAACCCGAAAGAAAGAAGAACGAGAGAAUCACUCAGCAGAUCCGAAAGAACGACGAGAGAAUCGCUCAGCAGAUCCGAGAGAAAGAAGAACGAGAGAAAGAAGAACGAGAGAAUCGCUCAGCAGAUCCGAGAGAAAGAAGAACGAGAGAAUCGCUCAGCAGAUCCGAGAGAAAGAAGAACGAGAGAAAGAAGAACGAGAGAAUCGCUCAGCAGAUCCGAAAGAAAGAAGAAGAACGAGAGAAUCGCUCAGCAGAUCCGAAAGAAGAACGAGAGAAUCGCUCAGCAGAUCCGAAAGAACGACAAGAGAAUCGUUCAGCAGAUCCGAAAGAACGACAAGAGAAUCGUUCAGCAGAUCCGGGAGAAAGAAGAAGAAUGAGAGAAUCGCUCAGCAGAUCCGAGAGAAAGAAGAACGAGAGAAAGAAGAACGAGAGAAAGAAGAACGAGAGAAUCGCUCAGCAGAUCCGAAAGAAGAACGAGAGAAUCGCUCAGCAGAUCCGAAAAAAAGACAAGAGAAUCGUUCAGCAGAUCCGGGAGAAAGAAGAACGAGAGAAUCGCUCAGCAGAUCCGAGAGAAAGAAGAAUGAGAGAAUCGCUCAGCAGAUCCGAGAGAAAGAAGAACGAGAGAAUCGCUCAGCAGAUCAGAGAGAAAGAAGAACGAGAGAAUCGCUCAGCAGAUCCGAAAGAAGAACGAGAGAAUCGUUUAGCAGAUCUGGGAGAAAGAAGAACGAGAGAAUCUAUCAGCAGAUCCGAGAGAAAGAAAAAGAACGAGAGAAUCGCUCAGCAAAUCCGAGAGAAAGAAGAACAAGAGAAUCGCUCAGCAGAUCCGAAAGAAGAAGAAGGAGAACAACGAGAGAAUCGCUCAGCAGAUCCGAGAGAAAGAAGAAGAACGAGAGAAUCGCUCAGCAGAUCCGAGAGAAAGAAGAACGAGAGAAUCGUUUAGCAGAUCCGAAAGAAAGAAGAACGAGAGAAACGCUCAGCAGAUCCAAGACAAAGAAGAACAAGAGAAUCGCUCAGCAGAUCCGAGAGAAAAUGGAAGAAGAACAGGAGAAUCGCUCAGCAGAUCCGAGAGAAAGAAGAACGAGAGAAUCGCUCAGCAGAUCCGAGAGAAAGAAGAAGAACGAGAGAAUCGCUCAGCAGAUCCGAGAGAAAGAAGAACGAGAGAAUCGCUCAGCAGAUCCGAGAGAAAGAAGAAGAAUGAGAGAAUCGCUCAGCAGAUCCGAGAGAAAGAAGAACGAGAGAAUCGUUUAGCAGAUCCGAAAGAAAGAAGAACGAGAGAAUCGCUCAGCAGAUCCAAGAGAAAGAAGAACAAGAGAAUCGCUCAGCAGAUCCGAGAGAAAGAAGAAGAACGAGAGAAUCGCUCAGCAGAUCCGAGAGGAAGGAGAAGAACGAGAGAAUCGCUCAGCAGAUCCGAGAGAAAGAAGAACGAGAGAAUCGCUCAGCAGAUCCGAGAGAAAGAAGAACGAGAGAAUCGCUCAGCAGAUCCGAGAGAAAGAAGAAGAACGAGAGAAUCGCUCAGCAGAUCCGAGAGGAAGGAGAAGAACGAGAGAAUCGCUCAGCAGAUCCGAGAGAAAGAAGAAGAACGAGAGAAUCGCUCAGCAGAUCCGAGAGAAAGAAGAAGAACGAGAGAAUCGCUCAGCAGAUCCGAGAGAAAGAAGAACGAGAGAAUCGCUCAGCAGAUCCGAGAGAA